UUUGAAAACCGCUUUGCUCCUUCCACCUCGGCCGGCCCAAGAAUCCGAGGCCACCACCCGGCUUUCCACAUUCCACAUUCCUUCGCAUCUUCCGCUCUGCCGGCCGGCCGGUCGGCGCGGGUCCCCAUGGCUGUUGCCGCCGAGGGCACGAGCAGGCGGAGGAUCCUCGACUACCUCAACGACGGCGAGGAGUUCGGGGUCGCGGGGCCGCCCUCCUCCGCCGCCGCCACGACCAGGCCCAGGUCGCUCAUGCCCAGGUUCCGCUGGGCGUGGCUCGCCAGGCUCGGCGGCAAAGCGCGGCCGCCGAAGCCGGUGCUCGAGGAGGAGAUCGUCGCCGCGGACGACGAGGGCCAGCUCAGGGACGCCUCGGGCGCCUCUGCCUCAUCAGCACCAUGCGCGGCGCCGCCCGGCGACAGCGAGACGACGAGGCCGUCGGACCUGAGCGUGGGGCUGAGCCUGGUGUUCCUGCUGGCCAAGACGUCCGACGAGUUCAACAAGAUGGCCAGGGUGCGGGCCGAGAUGGAGGCGCUCAUCAGGGACUUCAAAGGCCAGCAGGCCAUGGCGACGACGGCCAACACCGGCGCCGACGACGAACCCCGCAACCCCGAGUCCGCCGCGUCGAGCUGCCUCACGGACGGGAACGAGCCGCAGGCCGCGACCGCGCGCUGCGAGGACCAUCGGCACCAGGUCGCCUCCUCCUCCGGCGCGGAGAUGGAGGCGGCGAGCCGCAGGAGGAUGGACGUGCUGGAGGAGGAGUUCCACGCGGAGCUCCAGCGCGUUCGCGCCGGCUACGGCCCGGACACGCCGCCGUUUUCGACGGGGGAGGAGCGCGACGAGGGCGGAGCAGAGCCGUCGGACGACGACGACGACAUUGCCGACUGCCGACAGGGAUUCGAGAGCGACCUCGGCGACGACGACGAUCAACAUCACCACGUUUACGACGAGGAGGAGGAGGAGGAGGACGACGACGACGACCCUGAUCGGUACCACGGCGUGUCGGCCGUGGAGCUGGAGAGGAGGCUGCACGAGCUGCUCCACCAGAGGAACCAGGAGCGGAUCGAGGAGCUGGAGGCGGCGCUGCGGCGCGCCGAGAAGCGGCUCUUCGACAAGGAGAUGGAGGCGUCCCUCUGGAAGGACACCGCCAAAAUGGCCUUCCGCCACGACCACCACGACCACCACGACGACGACGACUCGCCGUAAACUCAUGAGGAAUUUCGUGCGGUCCUUUUUGUCGCCAUUAUCAUGGAUCGGCCGUGCAUUACAUGAUUACGGAUGAAGCCAUUAGCCAUGAAUGGAGGCGAAUUUUGGGACCUUUAAUGCGUGAAGAAGCAGGCAAUCGAUCGGUGGUGGCGUCGGAUGGAUGGUGGACUGUAGGACGGGCCUUGUGUACAAUAUGUCACUACUGUUAGCAACUUAUAGCUGGAGCUGUUCAUACCGCCAGGGUUUAGACUCUUGGCACUGUAGGUUAUUACAUGGGCAUGGCUGGGAAUAGGAUGGAACAGGGUAGGAUAUGCUCAGCUAGCAGCCUCACUGAUUUUGUGAUCCAUGUAAUGCAAUCGAGUUCGGUGUCUGUUCGUGCAUAUCACUCGUGUGCAGUUUCAGAAUCAGGACAGCAGUUUCACAGCCUGCUCUCAGUAAGAAAUUGUAGAUGUUUUUACAGAUAUAUAAUCAUUGGAAAGGACU